UUCAACUGCAAUAUAAACUGACGAAUGUGAUGGUCCUGAUCAGUAAGAAGUAAGGUACCAGAGAAGAACGAUCAAGCUCAAAUAAAUAGACGCACUAUUCCACAGAGAGCAAUAUGAAGAUGUUGUUGCUGAACGCACUUGGCAUAAUUGCAAUAUUCGUGUGUAUUAUAGCUGAAGGAAAUGAUGCGGCAAGAGUAAGACAUCGUCGAUCUUUAUGUGGAGGAAAGCCGUAUGACGUCGGUUCCUUAUGCUGUGUAGACAAACUCUACAGUGAGGAUCAUCAACUCUGUUGUGAUGGAAACAUUUUACCAAAGGUGUCUGGAUCUGUUCGCAAUUCUUGCUGUGGACCAGUUGCCUACGAUAAUCAACAUUUUGUUUGCUGUGCUAAAACUCUCAACCAUAUACGUGAUGGAAUGUUUUGCUGUGGAAAAAAGAAUUACAAUAACCUCCAUCAAAAAUGCGAACAAGGAAUGAUCAUCCCAAUGAACACGAACUUUGGUUAUAUAGGUUGAUUUGACUGUGAUCUGUUCCUUGUUUCGAAUUGAGUAUCUUUUAGUAUCUUUUAAAAUUUUCUGUUACAUGGCAAAUAAAAUUAUAUAAUUGGUGUUAAUUGUAUAGGAUUAUACGUGAACAAAAACCCGUGCAUGAAAGUUAGUUAAUGGUAUGUUGUAUAAUUUACGCAAAUUAAAGUGAUGUAUAUGCUUCUUUUAA